UCCCCCGCUCUGGUCAGUCAGAAAGGGGGCUUGGGCUUAUGCUACUUCGGUUCCUAGGUUCGGACCCCCCGCCGUGUCACUGUGAGGGGUCUGACGUCCAUGAAUUCGCUGGUCGCGCAACGGGGAUUUUGUGUGUGUAUGUGUGCUAAAUCGCGAUUAUAAUUGUUUCAGUUACAUUAAUUGGGACAAAAUUGUUCCGAUGCCAUGGGGUUAAGAUGUGCGUCUUGCCGCUGAUGUGGGAGCUGGCGGUGGAGCAUCGCACACACCUGCGAGACGGGGCCGCCCUGGAGGUGUGAGGACGGCUUGUUAAACACCCAAAGCGGGACGUCGCAGCCUCUCUCCCACCACCGCCAUAAAUAGCUUAGAUACGUUCGAUGGUUUCAUCGUAACAGUCACCCAAAGCCGGCGACCCCGGGCCCAUAAGCCAAGUUCCGAGACUGUUAGGACUUUGGCCAUUUAUUCUACGGAAGUAUGGGGAUCACUGUUAUGUACAGUAUAUAACAAAAAGUAAGAGACGUCACCUUCAUUAAUUAACCAUAUUUCCCUAAUGAUUUUAUUGUACUAUUUCCAAAAGGUACAUGUGUGCAGGUCAACUUUGAUACUUAACUUCCAGUCGUUAUGUUAGGCGUGGGAAGAACAAGGUGAGCACUAAUUCCCAGUACAAAUCCAGACCAAGUUUUUGUUUAAACCAGCCAGUUGAGUGCUCUGUGACUGUGACUUUAUACUGGUUGGUUGAAACUAAACCUUGGUCUGGAUUUGUACUUUUGGGACUUGAACUUUCCACCCCUGCACUCUGUAAUAAAACCCCUGCCAGUCAGGACAUGAGCCUCUGGGUGUAAAGCCGCUUUAUCUGGGCUAAGUGUCAGUCAGGAACGUGCAUUCAUCGUAGUUCAGUCACCUAGUUCUUUUUCAAAAAAGUAAAUAAUUCUUGUGCUAAAUUAGUAUAGCUGCGGUUCCGGAAGUAGUUUAUGGUAAUUUAUGCAUUUUCAGAAACUGAUGAAUUUCAGCUUUUUAAAUUGUGUCUUAUCAAGGUUUAAUGAGAACCUGUUCCUUUGUAAUCUGGAUGGUUAAUAUUUGAAUGUGAAAGGCAAUACAGGUGGUAUUUACUCACUGAUGAUAAGGGGACUGGCCACUCAGUAUGAAUAAUUGGCCCAGUUAAGAGACGUGAGUCUUCAGAAGGAUGUAAGAAAGUGUUUUGAUAUUUACGUCAGUCUAAAGUGAGCACUUCACGUUUUGCUGAAUUGUUUUAUAUAAAAAGGACAGGUUUCUGAAUUUCACAUACUGAGUGGGAAGUUAAAUAAAUAUUGAGUGAAUGAGAUGCAUGGUUUGAAGUGUAGCGUGAGUGGUGAGGUAUACAUACUGGAACUUGUAGUGAUGUAAAUCAGGUUUUUCAAUGUGAUGCAUCGUGCCUGGCGCCGGAAAGUCUCUUUAUUAAACUUGUAAUUGGUGUCAGGAAGAAUACAGUUGUUACACACCAACAGCAAGCUUUGUUUUUACCGAAAAAGGAAGCUUUCUAUAUAAGACUGCACCUACCGUCCUCCCAUUCUGAUUUGUAAGAAGUUGUUGGAAUUAGGUGAGAGUUCUUGAAAUAAUUAUAUUUCGUGGUUAAUAAGUCUUGUAACGAAUGUGCCAGAAAGAUAUUAACGGUAUAAGGAAUGAGAAACAUUGUUUCUUGCAACAUUCUGCGUAGAUGGAAAAUAAACUGCUGUUUUGUUAGCCUCUAUUUCCAGAUUAGAAAGCAUCUUAACCAUUUGAGAAGUGUUUGUGCAUGUGUGUGCUCCGUAAAUGCCAUGAAUUUUGUUACCCUUCAUUCAGGCUCACAUUACAUAAUUAGGAGUCUUUGCACUAGAAUCGAUUAAAUGCAUAUACCACUUGUAAGCCAUAACCUUCUUGGAAAGGGAGUAGACAGACGUUCAGUGCUUAAAAUAGCCUAGUUAUCCAUGAAACGCUUCUACUCUUAUCAGUACUUCGGAGAUUAAAUUCUCUUUGGUUGGGGUGGGGGAGUUUAGACUUUCACCAUAUGACCAGACAGUCGCUAAUGAUUAGAUUUGUUAAUUAGCCCUAAUACAGGUAGAAUCACAAAUCCUACAGUGGUACAUUUAGACAGUGUAUCUUUCAUGCUGUUAUGAUGAUAUGGUACAUUAUGACUUCUGACUAAAAAUAGUACUGGCUUCACGAUGAACAUAAAGGCGUUGAGCAGAAAGAGGAAACAGAUGUUGAAGAAAUCUGGCUGUUAAAAACGCCCUCGCUUGUGUCUGUAAGACACCGUUCGAGACCCAGCAUGGGUCACCUGUCCUGCACGUAGCCUCCACCUCCAGGAUGUCACUCCUCUUAUCUUCAGCCACGGCUCACAGUGGCUGUUUAGAUGCUGUUCUGUUCUAUCACCCGCCAGUAUUGUUCAUAUAGUUUACUCUUUUCCUUAUAUCUCAGCUGGUCACCGGGGAAACAGACGUUGUUUGUACAGUCGGAGUUUUUGUUCAUUUGCCUAGCAGUCUUGGUAGCAGUUCACUCACGUGCUUCAAAAAUGUAUUUUUGGAUGUGGGGUCUGGGGUCUAUUAUUAGUUUUUUCCAUGUUUGGGAGACAUAGAAACCCUAAGCGCUGUUUCUAUGCUGAAAUCUAACAGUUUGAUUUUGUGGCUAACUGUGCAGUGUAGUGUUCUUGGCUCACGCUGACACAUCCUGCCUGGAGACACAUUUCGUGAGUCAUAAUUGUGCGCCAGCUAAUGUCAUCGCUCCAGCCAUCACGUGUCAGCUGUGGCCUGUGAGCAAAAACAAUCACAGCCAUCAUGGAGCCCCCCGUCGAAGUCGAGUAUGGGUCGAACGCUUCCCACAGCCUCUCCAUCUCCCCUCCUGCCAUGUCCAUCGAGAAGCUCUUCCCGGCACUGCUGGAAUGCUUCGGGAUUGUCCUGUGCGGAUACGUGGCCGGGCGCACCGACAUCAUCACAUCGACACAGGCCAAGGGGCUGGGCAAUUUCGUGUCCAAGUUCGCUCUGCCUGCACUGCUGUACAAGAACAUGGUGCUGCUGGACUUUGGCAACGUCAUCUGGUCCUUCCUCUGGAGCAUCCUCAUCGCCAAAGUGUCGGUGUUUGUCAUCGUGUGCGCGCUCACCCUAGUCAUCACCGGGCCCGAAAAUCGCUUUGGCAAAGCCGGUCUUUUCUCCAUCUUUGCCACACAGAGCAAUGACUUCGCUUUGGGCUACCCCAUCGUGGAGGCCUUGUACAAGAACACACACCCAGAAUAUCUGCAGUACAUUUACCUGGUGGCGCCAAUUUCCCUCAUGAUCCUCAACCCAAUUGGGUUCGCAUUCUGCGAGGUGCAGAAGUGGCGAACCAAUCAGGCGCACCAGCAGCAGCACAAGCUACGCAUCGUCGCCGUGGUGAUCCUGCAGGUCCUGAAGAACCCCAUUGUCUUCAUGGUGGUCGUCGGCCUGGCCUCUCACUUCCUGCUGGGCCAGACGGUCCCUACCGUCAUGCAGGAGUUCGUCGACGGCCUGGCUAACUCCUUUGGUGGUGCAGCGCUGUUCUACCUCGGCCUCUCCAUGGUGGGCCAGCUCGGGAAGUUCACUCGGUCCACUGUGGUGGCGCUGAUUCUCCUCAUCACGGCCAAGCUGCUCCUGAUGCCACUGAUCUGCCGGGACAUGGUGGAGCUGUUGGACACGGACAACGACAGUUCCCACAACCACUCCAGUCUCUCCAACUAUGCAUUCCUUUAUGGCGUUUUCCCCUCUGCCCCAAGUGUGGCUAUCUACGCCGCCCAGUACAAUAUGGAACUUGAAGUUGUGACCUCAGGAAUGGUGAUCAGCACCUUUCUCUCCGCUCCUAUUAUGUAUGUGUCUGCUUGGUUACUUACGAUCCCGUGGAUGGACCCAAAGCCUUUAGUGUCUGCUCUCCAGAACGUGAGCUUCAACAUCAGCAUCAUCAGUUUAGUGGCUCUGGUUUGGACCAUUGCUGUCAUGCUCCUCAGUAAGAAGUUCAAGAGAUUCCCGCACAUAUUCACCAUGAACCUUUUCUUGGCACAGUUUUUAGUUUGUAUCGGUAUGAUCUUGUGGAACUUCAUUGUGAAGCAAGACAACUUCAUCGGGCAGGUUCUCACCUUCACUCUCUUGUAUGGAUCCCUCUACAGCACUUACAUAUGGGCAGCACUUAUAGCUUUGGCUCUCUUUCUAAUGAAGAAGGACAACGAACUGAAGGUUCCCGUGUGGAUUUUCCCAAUUGUGGGCUGGGGAGUCCCAGCCCUGAUUGUGGGAGUCCUUCUUAUUGCUGGAGAGCGGAUGCCUGACACUAUCGACUCUGCCUUUUUCUACGGAAGAUCUCAGAUCAUUAGUACUGCCGUGGUUCAGUUCUGCGGCAUCCUGCUGGGGGGCGGCUCUCUUAUGGGCCUCAGCCGGGGCCCCCAGGAUCCAAAUUACCACGUCCUGGAGCAGGACUGCAGCUCAGGCGCCACGGAUGACGCAGCAGCAGAUCACUGUCCAGAGAAUCAGGCCAGGCCAGAAGCAGGACCCACAGAGGGCAACCUUACCAGAGAGUGCCACAUGUGUGAGUGUGUUCAGCCACAGCCAAUGCCUGACAUGAUUGUCAGCACCAACGUGAGUGACGCACCAUCUGUACAGCCAGAUCAAUGUGACGGCGCACAGUGCGAGCCUGCGACCUGCCUGCUGGCUCAGGAGGAGGUCCGCCUCCAGCAGCAGCGCGACCCCCAGGCCGCCCGACACGUUCUCCUGUGCCUGCUGCUCGUCGUCAGCCUGCUGGCGAAUCUCUCCAGCUGUCUGUGGUGGCUGUUUAACCGUGUUCCUGGUCGACUGUAUCUGGAGCUGCAGUUCUUCUGUGCUAUUGCCAAUUAUGGGCAGGGCUUUAUUUCAUUUGGUAUUUUUGGGCUGGACAAGCAUUUAAUCAUCCUACCAUUCAAAAAGAGGUUCAGCUGCCUGUGGCCAGGCAGGGGGAGGGCGGAAGAUGCCCAGGCUCCGGUAACUGAGGAGAUCAGGCUGACCUGCCUGCAGUUUGUCAGGUACCACAAGGAUCAGUGUGCCCAGGACAUUGUGCACAAGCGGAGGUGUGGAGAGAGGACCGUGGUCGCCACCUUUCUGGGCAGCGACCUGGUGGAGUGGCUGCUGAGGGCGGGCGUGGCGAGGGACCGGGGCGAGGGGCUGCGCUAUGGUACCCAGCUGCAACAGGGAGAGGUCCUCCAAGCCGUCACCCAAGAGGUCGGCUUCCUGGAUGGCGCCCGGCAUUACCGCUUCACGGAGGACUGCAGGCUGGAGAGACGAGGAGCCACACGUGGUGCUUACUUUGAGACUUGGGAUUAGCGUAUUGCAGGAAGGACCGCUGGUCUGGUAGCCGCCACGCUUAGAAUUUAACGUACGAGUUAGACUCUAGAUCACGUUUUGUUGCACGGCCUUUAUUAUUCGACACGAGAGCAACGAAACAUUUGCAUUAACAGUGUUAUUACUACACCAUAGACUGGCAUGAAAUUUAGGGGACAGAAUCAAAUGUUCUCUGCAGGUAGCAUCAGCGUUGCUGGAUGGAGAGCAACACGAUCAGUGUACGUGUGCCAAGGUGUGACACCGUUCGGAAUGAAGAGCUCAUCUGAUGCAUGAACGUCUUAAACAUGGAGAAACCGAAGCAUUUAUAAACAUGCCAUUUUGCCAGAAGGCACUAGGGGGCGCUUUUCUGGAUGCCUGGACUUCUGAGCUCUCCCACCUACAGCAGUUGCUCUCUACUGCACUCUGCAUUUUAGGAGGCCUGUACUGGACAGCUUGUCCAUCUGUUCACCACGGGCUCGAGUGGAACCGUGUCAGUGUUGACCUGGACAUCCCAUGACUCCCAUUGGCGAUUCAUAUGGUGAUGCUGCAGCAGAAUCACGCUUUUGCCCCUCCCCCUGGAUGGGGAGAAUCGGUCGCAAAUUAAUACAAGUCUCUUCCAUUUUUCUGUGUUUUUAGUAAAUUUCGGAAUUUGAUGACAGGAGAGCAAUUUAGUUCAUUUCUGUUUUUGAUUAGCCUCUCUUCUGUGUUUUAAGCUAGAGAUUUUUUUUUUCCAGAAACAGGAGGGGGAGGGGCGGGGGGUCAAACAUGUGAUGUCAUUAUUUCACGCUCAGGAAGUCAAACACGAUGCCUCUUGCAAGAGACCUCUUUAUUUCAGGUUCUAUGUCCUUCAGUUUUGUAGAGAGUUAAUAAAUGUUGCAAUAUCAUAAGUUCAGAAAUGGGAAUUGUUACAGCACCUGCACCAGGAGUGUUCUGGAUUCAAAUGGUAAUCCUGAGUUUCAGCAGGGAGUCCGCCUGCUUUGCAUAUACACUGGAACUUGCCAAAGAUGACCUCUUGUGGCAGCUUGCCUUGUGUAACUGCACUGACAAUUACACUUUACUCUCAAUGACUGACAAACUGUAAAUGCAGAUAUUUAUCUCUUUUUAAGGUGUCCUUUUUAAUAUUUAACACCUGUGUACACUGAAAUACUCAAUAGUAUUUUGAGUAAAUCUUGCCUACUUAGGAGGGAAGGUUUGCGCUGUGUUGAUAGUGUCACCCCCCCCCAGGCCCUGUGGGAUGUGCUCUUUGUCAUUUCACCGUGUUCUUUAUCAUGUACAGACUUAAUAAAAAUGAGGCACCUAUGAUAAAGUGCAACUUGGCUGUUGCAUACAACUGUAAAUUACUUAAUUCACAACAAAUAACACUUUGCAAGUCUAAAUUGUACCACAACCGUAAGUCCGGUCUUUACUAAUACAUGGCACUCAAAUGCACUGUAAGCUGGUGGAGAGACAAAAAUUUCAACAAAAAUUUCAACAAAAAUAUUCUGAAGUUAAGAUCACAUCAGGUUUUUCCUUGGGAGUUGUUUUCUGUUCCAGCCCAGUCGAAUGUCUUCACUUGAUCAUUUCUGAUGUGAAAGCUACCUUCUAUGAAAACAUAACAUACUCCUCAUGCACCCCUGCAAAAAAUAUGCAAUAAAAUGACAGAGGAGCCGCCAACUGUUUCGAUGCUUUUAUUACAACACCAGAGUAACAUGAAAAUCAUCCAUGAUCAACACACUAACCUUUCACUGUCUGUAUUAAAUCUGAUAAAAGAGGGAUUCACCUCUCAGAAUCCAUUGUUUACAAUGCAUUUUAGAUGAGUAUCUUUUGGCUGGUGGCAUUUCAAUAAAUUCUCUAUACUUCUAUGGGCAA